AUGGUUAACCUCAAUAAAGUCUUACCGCGUAACGGAAGAGACUACUAUCUGGCGCUCGGACUGGAGGGUUCAGCCAACAAAUUGGGUGUUGGAAUAAUAAAACAUCCGCUACUUCCCAAACAUGCAGACAGCGAUCUUUCGCAUCAUUGCGAACUGGAAAUCCUGGCCAACAUCAGAGACACCUAUGUGACUCCACCUGGAGAAGGAUUUCUGCCCAGAGACACCGCCAGACAUCACCGAAACUGGGCUGUCAGGCUGGUGCGUAAAGCGCUGCAAGAGGCUGGCAUCGACCAUCCAAGUGAACUAGACACUAUUUGCUUCACUAAGGGCCCGGGAAUGGGAGCACCGCUACAUUCGGUUGUGGUAAUGGCCAGAACGCUGUCGCUGCUAUGGGACGUUCCCCUCGUCGGUGUGAAUCAUUGCGUGGGCCAUAUUGAGAUGGGCAGAGAAAUCACCAAGGCCGAAAACCCAGUGGUUCUGUACGUCAGCGGCGGCAACACCCAGGUUAUUGCCUACUCAGAAAACCGCUACCGUAUCUUUGGCGAAACGCUGGAUAUCGCCAUCGGGAACUGUCUGGAUAGGUUCGCAAGAACACUGAAAAUCCCAAAUGAGCCAUCGCCAGGCUAUAACAUCGAGCAGCUUGCGCUCAAAUGCACAAACAAAGACUACUUGGUAGAGCUGCCGUACACCGUAAAGGGAAUGGAUCUAUCUAUGAGUGGGAUUCUCGGGUACGUCGAUUCCCUGUCAAAGGACUUGUUCAACCAUAACACCAAAAACAAGCUGCUCUUCGACCCCAAAACCGGCGAGCAACUCGUCACCGUCUCUGAUCUGUGCUACUCUCUUCAAGAAAACCUGUUUGCAAUGCUGGUAGAGAUAACAGAGCGUGCUAUGGCCCACGUCAACUCCAAUCAAGUCUUAAUUGUGGGUGGUGUUGGUUGUAAUGUGAGAUUGCAGGAGAUGAUGGCUUCCAUGUGUCGUGACAGAUCCAAUGGACAGGUCCACGCUACAGAUGAGAGGUUCUGCAUUGACAACGGUGUCAUGAUCGCACAAGCCGGACUUUUACAAUAUAGAAUGGGCAAUGCUGUCCAAGAUCUGGCUGACACUGUCGUCACUCAAAAAUUCAGGACCGAUGAAGUUUAUGUGGCCUGGAGAGAGUAA